AUGUAUUCCGGUGCAACAAUAUCGACACCUUUUUCUGUAAAGGAUAUUUUAAAUUUACAACAAGAUUUUGAAAAUGAGCUCCUAAUGACAGACCAAGUCGUUCCAAUAAUCCAUCACGUGCAUCGUACUUCGCCCAAUGAUUUUUACGAGUUGCAGCCAAGGCCGUGUCCGACGGAGAUGUAUGAAAACACGUCCUUCCAAAAAAUAUCAACUCAAGACCACAUACAGACAUUUGAUGUCAAUUCUCAGAACAAUUCCCCGGACACUGUCCAGACGCUGGAAAGUAAAGGUCGCGCGCGCAGGAAACCCCGCGUGCUCUUCUCGCAGGUGCAGGUGUCCGAGCUCGAACGGCGCUUUACACAGCAGCGCUACCUGUCCGCCACGGAGCGGGAGCAGCUGGCACAAGUGCUCAAACUCACGUCCACACAAGUCAAGAUAUGGUUCCAGAACCGGAGGUACAAAUGCAAACGUCAGCGCCAGGACCAGUCUUUGGAGUUCGCGGGCUUCUCAAGCGCACCGAGAAGGGUGGCCGUGCCGGUGCUCGUGAGGGACGGGAAGCUAUGCAGCGAUGGAUCCCACUCCACAGCGUUUAACGUGGCACUGGGCCAUUAUAACUCUUUGAUGCAUUAUGGGAACGGGGGCUUUUAUAGUUACACUUACCACAGUGUGCCACAGUGCUCCAGGGCUCUCACGACGCCUAGCCCCGGGAUGCACGAACAGAUUUCGGAGGCGGUGAACUUCGGAGGGCCCAUCAACAAUCACAGACACUUACACAGCGUGAGAGGCUGGUGA